AUGCUCAUUCUGCAAAGCGACAAUCACUGCGGAGUUGACAAUAAAGCUUCAAGUAAAUCUCGAAACAAAUCACUGGAUACUAAAACUUCUCGCGCAGAAAUUCAAUUCUGUAGUUUUCUAGCAGAACACAAUUUAUCAUUUAAGGUUAUGGAUCACUUAACACCGUUACUUCAGGAAUGUUUUCCUGAUAGUGAGAUUGUAAAACAAAUGCGGUUAAAAUCUUCUAAGAGCGUGUGCGUUAUUAAAAACGUAAUCGGGUAUGCUGAAAAAGAAGAAUUAGCUGGAAAAUUGCAAAAAACUUUUUUCAGUGUACUGAUAGAUGUAUCAACUGACAUUUCAAUGACCCAGACGUUGUGUAUUAUUGUGCGCUAUUACGAUGAAGAUCUAGGACGAAUAGUUAGUCAUUUUUGGGAAUUGUGUAAAAUUUUUAAUGAUGAUUCCAAAGAAGUGUCUACUACAGCACAGCAUCUUUUUAAUUGUGUCCGGGAAUCCUUUCAACGCUUCUCAGUAUCCUUUGAUAAGAUUAUUGGUUUCGGGUCAGAUGGAUGUAAUGCGAUAAUGGGUAAAAAUAAUUCUGUAAGAACGAGAUUUGGAAAAUGCUGUCCUAACAUUUACAUUAUGACAUGCAUUUGUCAUUCGCUUCACCUUUGUGCCAGUGAGGCUUGUGACUCAAUACCGUCUGACUGUGAAAAAUUAUUCCAUUCUAUUUACAAUCACUUCUCAUCAAGUUGUAAACGGCAGCAUGAAUUUAAACAGUAUCAACAGUUCUUAGAACUAAAAAAUCAUAAAAUUUUGCGUCCAGUGGAGAUUCGAUGGCUAUCAGUAACAGCUGUCGUUACCAGGCUUUUAGAAACAAAAACUACUUCGACGACUAUAAAUUUUGAAACAGAAGAACUUAUACUUCAACAACUUAAUGACCCGAUUAUAAAAUUGUACUAUCAUUUUCUUGAGUGGAUUUUACCAAAAUUUUCUUCGUUGAACAAACUAUUCCAAUCAGAAAAACCUUUAAUUACAGUUGUACAUAAAACUAUGAGCUCAACGUAUGUAGAAUUACUUAAAAACUUUAUGGUCGCCAAUUAUGUUAAUAAAACACCGCUAAGUGAAAUUAAUCCCGCCGAUGAAUCAAAAUAUGUGAAUAUUUUGAAUGUUUACACUGGUGUUAAUUCUAUUGAUUUUUUUAACAAGCCUGAGUAUUCAAAAUCUCUGCUAAAAGAAGUCAAAAUCGAAUUUCUUACUAAUUGCAGAAGUUUUCUAGUAAAAGGCUGCUUAGCAAUUCAAAAAAGGUAUGAUUUUGAUAACAUAUUACUAAAAAAUUUAUUCAUUAUUAAUCCUGCAGAAGCUAUGGCUCAAUCCACUCGGAACAAAAUACCUUCUCUAUUACCAUUAAUGAAACAACUACCUCGACUUGUUACCAAAGAAUGUUAUCAAUCCAUCGACAAUGAGUGGCGACAGCUACCUAGUUUUACUUUGCCAGAAGAUAUUAAAGUCACUGACCCUGUCGAUUCAUUUUGGCACAAAUUAAAAAAAUUUGAGGAUAAAGAUGGAAUUUGGUCUUUUGAAAAUUAA